AUGGUCAACAUUACGGAAAAGAUCAAGGAGAUUGAGGCCGAAAUGGCCAGGACGCAGAGUAUGUANAAGCUCGCUCGUCUGAGAGCACAACUUCUAGAACCUGGUCCAGGUGCCGGCGGCCCUGGCGGAGAAGGGUUUGAUGUCACGAAGAGUGGUGAUGCUCGUAUUGCACUGGUCGGCUUCCCUUCAGUCGGUAAAUCAACGUUCAUGGGAAAGAUCACGAAAACAAAGUCCAUAGUUGCAGCAUAUGCUUUCACCACACUCACCGCCAUCCCUGGUGUGCUCGAGUAUGGAGGUGCCGAAAUCCAGAUUCUCGAUCUCCCGGGUAUCAUCGAAGGUGCUGCCGAAGGCAAGGGUCGCGGAAGACAGACCAGCGACUUGAUCUUGAUGGUCUUGGAUGCGACGAAAAGAGCUGAGCAAAGGGCUCUCUUAGAAGCCGAGUUGGAGGCCGUCGGUAUCAGAUUGAACAAACAGCCCCCGUGA